GAAAGUUCCUGGGGGAGCUGCCCCCGCCCGCGGCUGGGUUCCCACGCUCCCUUAUCCCUUAUCGCUGCAUGAAGGGGCGCCGUGCUGUGUCGGCUUCAUUCCUCCUCAUUCCUUCCCAGCCCCGCCAGGCCCCUCCCUUUCCCAGACAACCACCCUCCCUCUCAACUCAUCCCCACCGAGCCCUCUUGCUACAGGUGGGGAAACAGGCCCCACAGGUCCCAUCCCUGUGAGUUCUCUCGGACGCAGUGACUUCGCCCACCUAGAGAUGGGAGAGGGCAUGAGCAUUCGAGGAUGAGAAUGCCUAGCGGAAUUACUGUUUAUGAAAGGGGAGUGGGUAGCAGCCUAGAUGGGAGGAGAUUCUGGCUUUGAGGUUCGAAUCAUCCCUGAUCCUCUGCCUCAGUAUCCCCUGCAGUGUCUCGGACCUGAGACGCCCCCAUCCUGCCCUGAUCCACCCGACCUCGUGGCUGGGGCCCAUCGAUCAUUUGCAACCUCAUUCUCUUUUGUAAAAUAAGAAUAAACGAUUGUACGCCCCAGGGGUUUGCGGUGCGAAGUGAACCAGUGCACGCCGGCUGCUUCCGCUAGACGUAGACCCAAUGGCCAAGGUGGCUCCUGAAAGUCAGGGCCCAAACCCCAGGCCCUAGAUUUCGCGCCCCUCCCCCACGGCGCGGGCGUGUGUGGGCGUGGCAGGGGCGUGGCUGCAGAGCUUUUCUCCGGAGGCCGCGCGCAGGAGAGGCCGCGCUGUCCGCCGCCUCUACCCGAGCUGAUUCUGCGCCGGUGAGUGCGUUCCCGGGAGGAGUGCGGGUUCCCGGGAGAUCCAGCCCGGCUUGACCUGGCCGCUUAGUGAGCCUGCUGACUCCCUGUUAUCCUUGGGACCCCUAGCCCGCUGCGAUGGAGGCCGCCGCCCAGUUCUUGGUCGAGAGCCCGGACGUAGUCUAUGGCCCUGAGGCCAUUGAGGCUAAGUACGAGUACCGGACGACGCGCGUCAGCCGCGAGGGCGGUAUCCUCAAGGUGCACCCUACGUCCACGCGCUUCACCUUCCGGACCGCCCGGCAGGUGCCUCGGCUUGGGGUCAUGCUAGUCGGCUGGGGCGGGAACAACGGUUCCACACUCACCGCAGCUGUGCUGGCCAACCGACUGCGCCUGUCCUGGCCCACGCGCACCGGCCUCAAGGAGGCCAACUACUACGGCUCGCUGACUCAGGCAGGGACCGUGAGCUUGGGCCUGGAUGCCGAGGGCCAGGAAGCAUUCGUGCCUUUCAACGCACUGCUGCCCAUGGUGGCGCCCAACGACCUCGUGUUCGACGGCUGGGACAUCUCCUCGCUGAAUCUGGCUGAGGCCAUGCGGCGCGCGAAGGUGUUGGAUUGGGGGCUGCAGGAACAACUGUGGCCACACAUGGAAGGCUUGCGCCCGCGGCCCUCCGUCUACAUCCCAGAGUUUAUCGCCGCCAACCAGAGCGCGCGUGCGGACAACCUCAUCCCGGGCACACGCGCUCAGCAGCUGGAGCAGAUCCGCAGGGACAUCCGAGACUUCCGGUCUAGUGCCGGGCUGGACAAGGUCAUCGUCCUAUGGACGGCAAACACGGAGCGUUUUUGCGAAGUGGUUCCAGGUCUCAACGACACAGCCCAGAACCUGCUGCGCACCAUCCAGCUCGGCCUGGAGGUGUCACCAUCUACUCUCUUCGCUGUGGCCAGCAUCCUUGAGGGUUGUGCCUUCCUCAAUGGGUCCCCACAGAACACACUGGUACCUGGCGCACUGGAGCUCGCCGGGCAGCGCCAUGUCUUCGUGGGCGGAGAUGACUUCAAGUCAGGCCAGACUAAGGUCAAGUCCGUGCUUGUGGACUUCCUCAUUAGCUCUGGUCUCAAGGUGUGUGGCCUGGUAUUGAAGAGACAGGACCUGGACCCCCCAGCACCUGGUUUGUAUGCCACAGGGCCUGGAGCCCCUGAGAGGUGUCGUUUGUAUUCUCAGACCAUGUCCAUCGUGAGUUACAACCACCUGGGUAACAAUGAUGGGCAGAACCUGUCAGCACCAUCACAGUUCCGCUCUAAGGAGGUGUCCAAGAGCAACGUGGUCGACGACAUGGUGCAGAGUAACCCAGUGCUUUAUGCGCCCGGAGAGGAGCCUGACCAUUGCGUGGUCAUCAAGUACGUGCCCUAUGUGGGUGACAGCAAGCGUGCGCUGGAUGAAUAUACGUCAGAGCUGAUGCUAGGAGGAACCAACACACUGGUGCUGCACAACACGUGCGAGGACUCUCUGCUGGCCACACCUAUCAUGCUAGACCUGGUGCUGCUGACUGAGCUGUGCCAGCGGGUGACCUUCUACACAGAGGAAGACCCAGAGCCGCAAAGCUUCCACCCUGUGCUGUCACUGCUCAGUUUCCUCUUUAAGGCACCCCUCGUGCCACCAGGCAGCCCAGUGGUCAACGCACUCUUCCGCCAGCGCAGCUGCAUUGAGAACAUCCUCAGGGCCUGUGUGGGACUCCCACCACAGAACCAUAUGCUGCUGGAGUACAAGAUGGAGCGCCCAACCCCAGGCCUCAAUCAAGUUGUGCCUGCAGCUGCUGGCUACCCUGAGCCACACAAGAAAGGACCAGCACUCACUGCCCCUAAUGGCUGCACAGGUGACGCCAAUGGGCACUCACAGGUGCAGGAACCUCAGACACCCACCACCUGAGGCUCUGGUCAUUCAGCUUCCCAGGCCUUUUUUCCCUUUGCACCUCAGGACCUAGCCCUUCCAGACCCCCCAAAGACAAUAAAGCUGGUACCACCAUUCA